AUGCCCUCGGCAGAUCUCACCUCGUCGCCCGAGGAUUUUCUUACCCAAACUUACGACUAUCUCAUCAUCGAUGGAGGAACAGCCGGCUUGGUUGUCGCAUCACGGUUGUCUGCAAACCCUGAUUUGGAAGUAGGCGUCAUUGAGGCAGGAGAUGCAGGGUUUGAUGACCCAAAUUUCACCAAUCCUGGGAAGAUUUCGGCCAUGCUACAUAAUCCCAAGUAUGACUGGAUGUAUCAAAGCACGCUUUCAGGGAAAGUUCUUGGAGGAUCAAGCGCCGUCAAUUUCAUGGCAUAUGGAAGACCUUCCGCGGUUGACCUCGAUGACUGGGGCACGAUAGCGGGAUAUAGCGAUUGGUCAUGGGCAGGGUUAGCUCCACAUUAUCGGAAAAGCGAACAGCUUGAGUCGGCUGGACUGAACGGCCCUGCAUCGGAUCUUUGUCCCGUGCAGGAAGAGGCUCAUGGUACGCAAGGCCCGAUUCACACUUCGCUAGGUCCCUGGCAAGCCCCUAUCGAGACCCCCCUGCUAGCCGCAAUGAAUGAGACGUCGGGGCUGUCUCGGCCCCAGGAGCCCACCGGUCUCCCACGUCGUAGUUACUCGGCCGGGUAUCUAUGGCCAGUUCUGAGUAGGUCAAAUCUUCACGUCCUGAACAACGCGGCAGCCACCAGGAUACUACUUGAUGACAAGCAGUGCGCUUGUGGGGCUGAAUUCGUCUUUGACAGUAACCACUAUCAGGUCACCGUCACACGCGAGGUUAUUCCAUCAGCCGGUACUUUCGAGAGUCCCAAGUUGCUGGAGCUGUUAGGUAUCGGAGAACCUGAGCAUCUCGCCUCCUUGGGGGUCCCGUGCCGGGUUCCCCUUCCAGGUGUUGGGACGAAUCUCCAGGAACAUCCCGUGUCCGCGGUGGUGUACGAGCUAGCAGACGGAGUACUGUCCAUAGACGCAAUCCUGCGUGACGAAAGCUUGCUAAAGCAGCACCUGCAACUGCUGCAAGAACAGCAUUCGGGGGCGUUUUCCGGCCCGGUCAGUCUGAUGGGGUUCAUCCCUUACUGGCCCCAGGUCUCGGCUGAGCGGCUCAACGAAACCAUCGUCAGCGUGCUGCAGCCUCAUAGUGAUAAUGCCACCGACGAUGCCGACUUGCUGGUGGGUUUCCCGUCAGCACUUGCUAUUUACCGGGUUUAUGCCGAUUGCAGCAAACUUAUCCCGGGUCCUCCCCCAGGCCGGAACGCAUGCUACUCGCUCAUGGUCAGCUCCAUGUAUCCUGCCUCCCGGGGAAGCUCCCAUGCGCAGUCUCGGGACCCGGAGGCUGCACAAAGAGUGGACUUGGGAUUCCUGACAAACCCCGCUGAUUUAGACGUUCUCGCGACGGUUGUCAUGGUUGCGGAUAACAUCUUCCAAUCUCCCCGUAUGAAGGGGCAGGUCUUGGCCCGGGUGCAGCCGCCGCCUGAGGUCAACUUGCAGGAUGUAGAACAGGCGCGAGAAUAUGUCCGGGAUCGGCUGAUGAGCUAUCAUCAUGCGCUCGAACAUGGCACCCAGGGUCUGCGUGUGGUCGAUGCUAGUGUCAUGCCAGCCCAAGUCAGUCAUGCUGUGCUCGGCACGGUAUAUGCGGUCGCGGAAAAGGCUGUUGACUUGAUUAAAAGCACUCACCUUCAUUCAAACGGGUGUAAGUGA